UCCCGCUUUUUGCUCUGACUUCAGCUGCGGUGCCUUGCUGAACCCUUUCCCUCCCACCUCCUGACACGUGCAACUUGUCAACGAGCCCCCCUCCGAACCUCUCCAAACAUCGGCACUGGCUCAGCCUUACCUCCUUCAAACCACCACACAUCGAGAGCGGCAAACAUGUCGGGCUCAGAGAUCAACCAGGUUUUGGCCAAUUCGCUGUCGCCAGACGCGAACUUGCGCAACGCUGCCGAGCAGCAACUUACACAAGCAGCCGACAACAACUUCCCCCUAUACCUCGCAACCCUCGUUCAAGAGCUUGCAAACGACAACGCCGAUGGUUCCAUUCGUGCCGCCGCAGGUCUCGCCCUGAAGAACGCCUUCACUGCCCGUGACUUUGCCCGUCACCAAGAGCUCCAGGCAAAAUGGCUCCAACAGACCGACGACGAGACAAAGACGCAGGUCAAGAACUUGACCCUGCAGACCCUCGGCUCCUCCAACUCCCAGGCCGGUCAGGCAGCUGCUCAGGUCAUCUCCUCCAUCGCCUCGAUCGAGCUGCCGAGAAGUCAGUGGCAGGACCUCAUGGGCAUCCUCGUCAAGAACAUUAGCGAGGGUGGCGAACACCAGAAGCAGGCCUCCUUGACCACGAUCGGUUACAUCUGCGAAAGCCAAGAUCCCGAUCUGCGAACGGCUCUCAUUGCUCACUCCAACGCCAUCCUGACCGCCGUCGUUCAGGGUGCCCGCAAGGAGGAGACGAGCCUCGAGGUUCGCUUGGCUGCCAUCACGGCCUUGGGAGACUCGCUCGAGUUCGUCGGUAACAACUUCAAGCACGAGGGCGAGCGCAACUACAUCAUGCAGGUUGUUUGCGAGGCCACCCAGGCCGAUGACUCCCGGAUACAGCAGGGCGCCUUUGGAUGCCUCAACCGCAUCAUGGGUCUCUACUACGAUAACAUGCGCUUCUACAUGGAGAAGGCUCUGUUUGGCCUCACCAUUCUGGGCAUGAAGUCUUCGGAUGAGGAUGUUGCCAAGCUGGCUGUUGAGUUCUGGAGCACCGUCUGCGAGGAGGAGAUCGGUAUCGAGGACGACAACGCUCAGGUCGAGAGCGCCGACCAGAUGAGACCCUUCUACAACUUCGCUCGCGUAGCAGCCAACGAGGUUGUGCCCGUCCUUCUUCUGCUUCUGACCAAGCAGGACGAGGAUGCGGCCGAUGACGAGUACAACUUGGCCCGCGCCGCCUACCAGUGUCUCGCCCUUUACGCCCAGGCCAUUGGUGCCGCUAUCAUCAGCCCCGUGCUACAGUUCGUUGAGGGCAACCUGCGUGCCGAAGACUGGCACCACCGUGAUGCCGCCGUCUCAGCUUUCGGCGCCAUCAUGGACGGCCCCGAUGAGAAGGUCCUCGACCCCAUCGUCAAGCAGGCUCUUCCUAUCCUUAUCGGCAUGAUGGACGACAGCUCCCUGCACGUCAAGGACUCGACCGCCUAUGCCCUCGGCCGCAUCACUGAGAGCGUGUCCGACAGCAUCGACCCCAACCAGCACCUCGACCCUCUCAUCCGCUCCCUGUUCAACGGCCUUAUGAGCAGCGCAAAGAUAGCAUCUUCGUGCUGCUGGGCUCUCAUGAACUUGGCCGAGCGCUUCUCCGGCGACCUCGGUGCCGCCCAGAACCCUCUGACACCCCACUUCAACCAGAGCGUCACCAACCUGCUUGGCCUAACGGCCCGCCCCGACUGCGAUUCGUACGUCCGCACCGCCGCUUACGAGGUUCUCAACGUCUUUGUGCAGAACGCUGCUAGUGAGAGCAUGCAGCCCAUUGCCUCUCUCUCCGGCGUCGUGAUUGAGCGACUCGAAGGCACCAUUCCCAUGCAGACCCAGGUCGUUAGCGUCGAGGACAGGAUCAUGCUGGAGGAGAUGCAAACUAGCUUGUGCACCGUUCUUCAGGCUAUCAUCCAGAGACUCGACAAGGAGAUCAUUCCCCAGGGUGACAGAAUCAUGCAGACACUUCUCCAGAUUCUGAGCACUGUGGGCGGCAAGUCCAGCGUUCCCGAUGGUAUCUUCGCCACCAUCAGCGCUCUGGCCAACGCUAUGGAGGAGGACUUCUCCAAGUACAUGGAGGCUUUCACGCCCUUCCUCUACAACGCUCUGUCGAACCAAGAGGAGCCCGCUCUGUGCUCCAUGGCUAUCGGUCUUGUUAGCGACCUGACGCGAUCCCUUGGCGAGCGCAGCCAGCCGUACUGCGACAACUUCAUGAACCACCUGCUUCACAACCUCAAGAGCACCGCCUUGAGCAACCAGUUCAAGCCUGCGAUCCUGCAGUGCUUCGGUGACAUUGCCGGCGCCAUUGGUGGUCACUUUGAGACUUACCUGUCCGUCAUCGCUCAGGUUUUGCAGCAGGCGGCGACCGUGAACGCCGGUCCCGAGGGCCCCUACGAGAUGUACGACUACGUCAUCUCUCUUCGCGAGGGUAUCAUGGAUGCCUGGGGCGGUAUCAUCGGAGCUAUGAGGUCCGGUGGUAAGACUCCGGCGCUUCAGCAAUACGUGCCUUCGAUCUUCCAGUUGUUGAACAUGAUUGCCAGCGACAUGAACCGUAGCGAGGCGCUCAUGCGUGCAUCCAUGGGUGUUAUCGGCGACCUGGCUGAGGCUUACCCCAACGGCGAGCUCGUCGACGUUUUCCGCCAGGAGUGGCUCACCGCCCUCAUCAAGGAGACCAAGACCAACCGCGAGUUCCAGCCCCGAACCAUCGAGACCGCUCGCUGGGCACGCGAACAGGUCAAGCGUCAGCUUGGCGGUUCUUCCAGCGUCAUGGCGCAGACUUGAGCUUUGUAAAGCUUGAGGCUGACGCUGUAUUUCGACUUGUUUGAUUAUUCACACCCAACCAACCCCCCAAGCCCAGCACGUAUCCUGGAGCAGCCGGUUUCUCUACCGAAACCUGGAUCUGCGUCAAACGGAGGAGAGAGAGAACAGCCAAUCCCAGCUCUUGCCACAACACAGCAUCGAAGACACGGAGCUCCCUCGCGUGUAUAUAGACACCCUUGCACCACCACCACCCCAGGACUA